UAGUUUCUGGAGCUAUGGCGGAGAACAUAGAAGCAGAGAGCGCUCAGCUCGGGGAGAACAGGAUGGUGUUGCAACAAGCGUUGCGUUUUCGUAACCCCGCUCCACCACCUGCUGCAGUGCUGCGAGGGCCACCUCCAUUACUACGACCUCCGCCUCCGCCCUUCGGCAUGAUGAGAGGACCCAUGCCACCCCCUAGAUCCCCUUUUGGUCGACCACCGUUUGACCCCAGUAUGCCACCUAUACCCCCACCUGGAGCUUUACCCCCACCCCUUGGACCCCCGCACCUGCAGAGGCCGCCGUUCAUGCCCCCACCUAUGGGUAACAUGCCGCCUCCUCCCGGAAUGAUCUUUCCACCUGGAAUGCCUCCAUCACCAGGAGCAGCUAGUUUGCCUAGUGAUGAAAUUUGGGUAGAGAACAACACUCCAGAAGGAAAGGUCUAUUAUUAUAAUGCUCGGACACGCGAGUCAGCCUGGACCAAACCAGAAGGAGUGAAGAUCAUCCAACAGUCAGAGCUUAACCCGCUGAUGGCAGCUCAGUCUGGAGGAGCUGCAGCAGCUCCUAACAGCACAGCUUCUGCUAAUGUUGCUAGCACCACUGCUACUGUUGUGACUGACACCCAGAGCCUGUCCCCCUCCCACACCCUGAGCACCAGCCCCGACCCCAGCACUAGUCCGGCCCCGACUGCAUCACAACCCUCCAUCACGUCUGUGGUGUCAGAGAUGCCUCCAGUGGUCUCUACUCCUCCUGUUAGUGUCAGCGUGACCCCUGUGGCAGUGGUCAGUGUACCUACAGUAACGGCUACAGUCACUGCAGUGCAGACGAUGCCGCUGUUGCAUCAGAGUCUUCCUCCCGGCCUGCCUGUGGCCCCGCCGGCUGCUGCAAUACCGUUCCCCCCUGUCAUGGUACCUCCGUUCAGAGUGCCUCUACCCGGAAUGCACAUCCCUCUGCCUGGCAUGGGCCCUCCUUUAGUUCCCAUGAUGCAUCCUCAGCUAACUAUCGCUGCGUCUCCCAUGUCUCUGGCGGGUGCUAUUCCGCUUCCUGAGUGGUCCGAGUUCAAGACGGCUGAUGGAAGGAUCUACUAUUACAACAACCGAACGCUGGAGUCCACCUGGGAGAAACCUCUUGAACUAAAAGAGAGAGAUAAGGACAGCGACAAGGCUAGAGAUGGCCAUAACAAUAUCAAUUCAGAUUUAAAGUUUAUAGACAUUGAAGCCAAAGCUGACUUCGGGAAAUCUAAAGAGUUGCCCAGGGAAGAAGAUAUGACUGAGGAGGAAAAAGCCACACAGAAGGGCAAACCUGUAGCCACAAAUCCCAUUCCUGGUACACCCUGGUGUGUGGUCUGGACUGGAGAUGAACGUGUAUUUUACUACAACCCCACUACUCGACUGUCUAUGUGGGACCGGCCCGAGGAGCUAGUGGGCCGCGCUGAUGUGGACAGAUACAUUCAAGAGCCUCCCCACAAAAGAGGCCUUGAUGACAACAAGAAAAUAGGUUUCAACAAAGAAGAGAUUGACACAGCCAUGGAGGACAUGCUAGACGACGAGCCUUCUAAAGCUAAGAAGAGGAAGAAGGACGAUGUGAAGGAGCCUGAAGCCGCGAAAGAUGUGGCCGUGGAGGCCGAGCUGAAGGCUGCUCGCGAUCGGGCCCUGGUGCCCCUGGAGGCCCGCAUGAACCAGUUCAGGGACAUGCUGCUGGAGAGAGGGGUUUCUGCUUUUUCCACUUGGGACAAAGAGCUGCACAAGAUUGUGUUUGACCCUCGGUAUUUACUGCUCAACCCUAAAGAGCGGAAGCUGGUGUUCGAUCAGUAUGUGAAGACUCGUGCUGAAGAGGAGAGGAAGGAGAAGAAGAAUAAACUCAUGCAGUCUAAGGAUGACUUCCGGAAGAUGAUGGAAGAUGCCAAACUUCACACUAGGACCACAUUCAGUGAGUUUGCAGCAAAACACUCAAAGGAUCCUCGCUUCAAGGCCAUUGAUAAGAUGAAGGACCGAGAGGUGAUGUUCACAGAGUUCAUGACCGCCUUCAGAAAGAAGGACAAAGAAGACUCCAAAAACAAAGUAGACAAGGUCAAGCAAGACUUCUUUGAUUUGCUGUCAGACCAUCAUGUAGACAUCACUCAGCGCUGGAGCAAAGUGAAGGAUAAGCUGGAGACGGACCAGCGGUAUAAAGCUGUGGAGAGCUCUGCUGCUAGAGAAGAACUCUACAAGCAGUAUGUGGAGAAGCAGGCCAAGAAUGUGGAUGCGGACAAGGAGAAGGAGCUGGAGCGACAGGCUCGUAUCGAGGCCAGUCUGAGGGAGCGAGAACGAGAAGUGCAGAGAGCUCGAUCUGAACAGACCAAAGAGAUCGACCGAGAGCGAGAGCAGCACAAACGAGAGGAGGCCAUCCAGCACUUCAAAGCCCUCAUGUCUGAUAUGGUUAGGUCAACAGACACUUCGUGGUCAGAAACAAGGCGCAAUCUACGUAAAGAUCACCGAUGGGAGACGUCAUCUCUCCUGGAGCGACAUGAAAAGGAGAAACUGUUUGAGGAUCAUGUUGAAGCUCUUACCAAGAGGAAGAAGGAACAUUUUAGGCAGCUGCUGGAUGACACUCCAAUGAUCACCUUAACAACCGCAUGGAAAGAGGUGAAGAAGAUCAUCAAAGAAGACCCCCGCUGCAUUAAAUUCUCCAGCAGUGACCGAAAGAAACAGCGGGAAUUUGAAGACUACAUAAAGGACAAAUACAUCAUAGCCAAAGCUGACUUCCGAACACUUCUGAAAGAAACAAAAUUCAUCACGUAUAGGUCCCGGAAGCUGAUCCAGGAGUCAGACCAGCACCUGGUUGAUAUCGAGAAAGUCCUUCAGAACGAUAAACGUUACCUGGUCCUAGACUGUGUCCCAGAGGAGCGGCGUAAACUUAUCAUGUUCUACAUUGAGGACCUGGACCGCCGAGGACCCCCACCUCCCCCAACCGCAUCUGAACCCUGCCGCCGCUCCACAAAGUGAAGCCCUAGCGGAGCGUGAAGGACAGCGCAUGAGCCAGCCCUGUACUCGUCUAAGCACAGUUAGAAAGUCAUCAUGUAUUUUUUUGAGAACUUUGGUUGUCAUCAAAUUAAACGGUGCGAGAUGAUGCCAUCUAUCCCCACUAGUUGUAGGCUAGCACAAGGCAAACUCUUAAAGGGUUAGUUCACCCAAAAAAUGAAAAUUCUCGUAUUAAUUACUCGUACUAAUGUUGUUCCAAAUCCUUUAGAUAAUUGUUGGUUUUCAGAACACAAAUUAAUAUGAUUUAGAUCAAAUCCGAGAGUUAAAGGAAGUAAAAUAUUAUUAAAUGUUAUCAAACGAAGCUCCAAGAACAAUUUUGCGCACCAAAAAAAGCCUGUUUACACUACAGGCAGAAGAACGUGUCGUCAGAGUUAGCAGCGCAACACUCAAGCGUCUUAUUCCAUAUAGUAAAAACACAUAGAUCUGAUUCUGAACACAUCGGCAAACACGGUUGUUGUUGUUUUGGUGCACAAGAGUGUUCUUGGAGCUUCAUAUGAUUCUAUUUGAACCACUGGUGUCAUGUGGAAUGAUUUGUCAAUGCUUCUGUUGUUGUUUUUUUUACUUUGGGAUGUUCGGUGCUGUCGAAGGAGGAUGAGAGCUCAUCUAAAAUAUCUCAAAGGUCUCGAGGGAUUGUAACAACGCAAAGGUGAGUAAUUAAUAACAGAACUGUCAUUUUUGGGUGAACUAACCCUUUAAUGUCAGUCUAUGAACAUCCAUUGUCAGGCAGGGGAUGCAUUUUGUGUGGUAAAACCGAUGCAGGCUAUUACGACGGGUCAGUGUUUGAAACCAGUUGUGAACCAUUCAGUACAUGUGUAGGUGAAAUAUUUCUUACAUAAGUGGUUUGAUUUUGGAUUUGUUGCUAUAUUUCUGUUUGUGUUGAUUGGAAAUAAAUGCAACUUUUUUUUAA